AUAGGGGAAUUGUCAAACGUCAGUUGUCAACCCCUAAGAAACGUGUGUAAAUAGUGCUAAAGAUAAAUAAUAUUUUAUGGUUAUAUUUUUUUUGGUUCAACUAUUUUAUCAUGUUAUCGUAUGAAAACAAAUUGAUACUUGCGCCUAUGGUACGGAUUGGCACAUUACCCAUGCGUCUCUUGGCAUUGCGCUAUGGAGCAGAUAUAGUUUAUACUGAAGAACUUAUCGACUGGAAACUCCUUCGAUCAAAACGAAGAUAUAAUGACAUUCUCAACACUGUAGAUUUUAUAGACCAAACAGAUGGCACAAUAGUGUUUAGAACUUGCGCUGAAGAAAAAGAAAAAGUUGUGCUUCAACUAGGUACAUGUGAUGCAACGCGAGCUUUAAAUGUUGCAAAAUUAGUAGAAAACGAUGUGGCCGCGAUAGAUAUAAACAUGGGAUGCCCAAAAGAAUUCUCUAUAAAAGGAGGAAUGGGUGUAGCUUUAAUGGCAAAACCUGAUAAGGCUUACACAAUACUAAAGACCUUGGUUGAUAACUUAUCAAUCCCUGUAACUUGCAAAAUAAGAAUAUUAGAAACACCCGAGGCCACUUUAGAAAUAGUUCAAAAACUAGUGAGUGCAGGAAUAAGGGCAAUAGCUAUUCAUGGUCGCACAAGAGAUGAGAGACCACAACAUGCAGUUCAUACUGACAUUAUUAAUUAUGUUGCAGACAGAAUAUCUAUUCCUGUUAUUGCUAAUGGUUGCUCGAAAGAAGUUGAAAAACAUAGUGAUAUAUACAAAUUUAAGAAGAUGACUGGCUGCACCAGUGUUAUGCUUGCUCGAGCAGCCGAAUGGAAUUGCUCUAUAUUUAGAAAGGAAGGGCUUCUGCCAAUGGAUACAGUUAUCAAAGAAUAUCUAAAGCUUGCGGUUGACUAUGACAAUGCACCAUCAAAUACAAAGUAUUGUGUACAAAAUAUUUUAAGGGAAUUGCAAGAAACACCAAGAGGAAAGCAGUUUUUAGAUUGCCAAACACUAGAGCAAAUAUGUUCUGUUUGGGACUUAGGAGAAUAUUGUAGGCUAAAACAAUCAGAAUAUCAAAAGAAUGGCAUCCAGGGAAGGUGGCAGGUUUGUCCGAUUGAAUUAGAGCCACCAACAAAGAAAAUUAAAUCAUGUGACAUAGAUCUUGUCGAUGUUAUACAGUCAAAAGUGUGCUUCAUACGAUCCAACUUUGAUGACCUUAACUUGCCAAAAACACAGCUGCAUACAUGGGCUGGGAAAAAUGGACACAAGUUGCCUACUUACGACACCCAACAAGUUUCAAAAUUAUUCCGUUCUAUACUCACAUUCAAUAAUAAGAAAUAUACAUCAUCAUUUUGGGAAAAGAGUAAAAAGUUUGCAGAACAAGGUGCUGCAUUAGUUUGCUUAUUACAUUUAGAAUUAAUUACUGAAGAAGAAUUAAUUAAAAAUGGCAGCAUUAUUAAAUAACGUGACCAUGUGUAUCUUUUACUUUUCCUUUAACAUGUCAAUACCUCUAUAUAUUAUAAUGUAAGUAAAAACAUAGCAUGGCUAUUACAAAUAUUUGGUAAAUUAAUCUAAAAAUCAAAAGGUUAUGGUAAAUAUAUACUUUAGUUACUAGUUGAGCACCUUCAUGUCAUCAUGGAUAGUUCAAACUAUAAAACUACCAUUGAUAAAUACUAUUGUUUAUUUUUCGGGACAGAGUUUAGACUGAAUGUUUUUAUACUUACUUUGUAUUUUAUGUUAUCUUAUACUUGCCUAUUUUCGUCAGUUACGCAGUAUUUACCAGUGCUUGUUUUACAGUAGUGUACUGUUUUUUAUAUAAGAGAAAA